GUCGCUUCCACUCAGAACUUCCACUCUCUUAGCCUAUCGACGUGUUGUAUCCUGCUACCCGAGGGCUUAACCCAUGGCUGGACUCAACAAGAACAAUUCCGCUGUGAAGCGUAUCAUGCAGGAAAGGAUGACAUAUUUGUUCGUAAUUCACGAUUAUACGUUCAGUCACCGAUUCAGUCUGUUGAAGGAAUGGCACUGCACCCUCCGUGGUCCUUCAGGAACGGAAUUUGAAGGAGAUCUGCAUAAGCUUCACAAGCUAACUUUGGCAACCCGCCUGGGGUGUGAGAACAGCUAUUAUUGGAUUGCAGGGUUUUUCCCUUUGAAAGGCAAAGCUGCGGUUGGCGUGGGAUCUAUUGAGCAUCCCGUCGCAGAGAGGAGGCGUCUGGCCGGCCUAUCCCGCUCGUGGGUGUGUCCACAUUGUGCCGUUCCAAAUUCGAGCCUGCUGUCGGAUCCCGCAGAGGAAUCAUCCAAAGCGGCAUCGGAACGGGCAGAUGCGGUAGAUGCUGGUGCUCCUCCUAAUCCUGUGGAAGCCCCUAUUGUUGCUGCAAUUGUCGAUUCUGCGAGUCAGCCAGUGCCAAGAGCUCAACGACCUCCACUUCUUUUGGACACGGCUAUAUGUGUCAUCCUGGUCCUUGUAUGUGGGAUCGUCUUCCGUAGAGUAUUUUAGCCGCCUCCGCUGUACUACAUAUAAUUUAUCGUGAUCGGGAAAUUCAGAUCAAAUGUCUC